CCCCGCAGCCCGGACCCCGCCCCCUCCCCCCUGGCCCUCGCCAUCGGUCCAGGGAGGGGACGGCGGGACAGGCGGGACUGGUGGGACCGGCGGGAGGGCGGACCGGGCGGGGAUAUGGCCGCGGCGCCCGGAGGGUCUGCGCCGCCCGCCGGCCCCGGCCCGCGCCUGGGUUUCAGCACCGCGGACAGCGGCGUCGGCAUGAGCGGGCUAAACCCCGGUCCUGCCGUGCCCAUGAAGGACCACGACGCCAUCAAGCUCUUCGUGGGGCAGAUCCCGCGGGGCUUGGACGAGCAGGAUCUCAAGCCGCUGUUCGAGGAAUUCGGCCGCAUCUACGAGCUGACGGUGCUGAAGGACCGGCUCACCGGCCUCCACAAAGGCUGUGCCUUCCUCACCUACUGCGCCCGGGACUCUGCUCUCAAGGCCCAGAGUGCACUGCACGAGCAGAAGACCCUGCCAGGGAUGAAUCGUCCGAUCCAAGUGAAGCCGGCUGCCAGUGAGGGCCGAGGAGAGGACCGAAAGCUGUUUGUGGGGAUGCUGGGGAAGCAGCAGGGUGAGGAGGACGUCAGGCGCCUGUUCCAGCCCUUUGGCCAUAUCGAGGAGUGCACCGUCUUGCGGAGCCCUGAUGGCACCAGUAAAGGCUGUGCCUUUGUGAAGUUCGGGAGUCAGGGGGAAGCUCAGGCAGCAAUCCAGAGUCUGCAUGGCAGCCGGACCAUGGCGGGCGCCUCGUCCAGCCUCGUGGUCAAGCUGGCGGACACGGACCGGGAGCGCGCGCUGCGGCGGAUGCAGCAGAUGGCCGGCCAGCUGGGCGCCUUCCACCCGGCACCGCUGCCGCUGGGGGCGUGCGGAGCCUACACCACCGCGAUCCUGCAGCACCAGGCGGCCCUGCUGGCCGCGGCACAGGGCCCAGGCCUAGGCCCGGUGGCCGCAGUGGCGGCCCAGAUGCAGCACGUGGCGGCCUUCAGCCUUGUAGCCGCGCCGCUGUUGCCCGCCGCAGCAGCCAGCUCCCCGCCGGGCGGCGGCCCCGGCUCGCUUCCGGGUCUGCCAGCGCCCAUCGGGGUCAAUGGAUUCGGCCCCCUGACGCCCCAGACCAACGGGCAGCCGGGCUCUGACACUCUCUACAAUAACGGGCUCUCCCCUUACCCAGCCCAGAGCCCUGGCGUGGCUGACCCCCUGCAGCAGGCCUACGCUGGGAUGCACCACUACGCAGCAGCCUACCCGUCGGCCUAUGCCCCAGUGAGCACAGCUUUUCCCCAGCAGUCUUCAGCCCUGCCCCAGCAGCAAAGAGAAGGCCCCGAAGGCUGUAACCUCUUCAUCUAUCACCUGCCUCAGGAGUUUGGUGAUGCAGAACUCAUACAGACAUUCCUGCCCUUUGGAGCUGUUGUCUCUGCCAAAGUCUUUGUGGACCGAGCCACCAACCAGAGCAAAUGUUUCGGGUUUGUUAGCUUUGACAAUCCAACCAGUGCCCAGACAGCUAUUCAGGCCAUGAAUGGCUUUCAAAUUGGCAUGAAGAGGCUCAAGGUUCAGCUAAAGAGGCCCAAGGAUGCCAAUCGGCCUUACUGAUCUUCUCUCACUGACCAGCCACAGAAAGAAACUGAAGAGUGAGAAGAAAGGAAAGGAAAAGCACAGAAAUGCUUGAGCAGCCCUUCCUGGACGAGCAGCCACAGAGGGAGGUGGAUCGGACCCAAGGCCGUGCCACAUUAGGGAUUGUUUCCAUCAAGUGUGUUGUCCUGUGCCUGUGGCUUAGAUCACAGGCCGGCAGGGCAGCUGGGGCUGGCUGAGGACCGACUGUCUAGGGGAACCAGCAGAGGGCCUUGGGGGUGCCAAGGGCUUCUCCACAAGGGAAGCCCAGAUUUACUUCUUUCAAAAUCAUAUCAUUCCUUAGAGUUUAGGGACCAAAGGACUAUUGCUUUUUUAAGAAUAUAAAUAUAUCUAUAUAAAUUAAAAGAAAGAAACAGAAAAACAAAAGAAAAAAAACCACAAGAGAAACAAAAAGACAGUCUAGAGUCUCAUACAAGCUGCCUUUAAAUAUCCCUAGGAGACAGGGUGAAGGAGACCCGUAAAAGCCCCAGCCUAGGCAGAGGGAGGCUGUGGAAAGAGUGUUCUGUGUCUCAUUCCCUCUUAAAUUGCCCCCCCCACCUUUUUAAAAUAAUUAAGGACUCAAGGUCUAGAUUCCCAUGCAGGCAGCAAAGAGAGUUAUGGAAGCAGGGAACCCACAAUCCCCAAACUCAGAGAAGAUCCCUGAAGCCAGGAAGAGCUCUGGCCUGCCCUGGCCUUUGCUGUCCUGAAGGGCUCACUAGCCAGCGGGAGUGUCCUUGACAGUCUUUCCCGUGGAACCACUGCUUCCCCAGACAGGAAGAAAGAGGGAGUUUUAACCACCCCACCCUUUCCCUUCCCAACCCGGAUAGACAGGCCCUGCCUUUGGCUGAGCUGAGACACUUCCUGUUUCCCCUCACCUUGAGCCGGCCCCAGUGUCCCCUUGCUCCAGGCCACCUUCUGUCUCCAAGUCUGUGUUUGCCCACCUGUAAAGUAGAUUCAGGAUAUACGUAGAGGGCUGUGACAACAGACUUGGAAGGUUUGCUAUUGUAUAUACUGCCAUUGAGAAGGGGAUCAUUUUCAAUAUGUAGAAGCUUCAGAAUUUAGAGGUCCCUCUUUACCCAAGACCUGGGAGGGAAGUAGAUGUUUUGCCAAAAUACUUCAUUCCUUUAAAAAGUACAUCUUUCCUAUGCAAGAGUGUCUCACAUGUGCUUAUCCAAGGUGCUUCUAGAUGGUGAGCAGUGUUCCGCUUAGAAGUGGUGUGUGCUCUGUCUGUCUUUGUCUAUCUGUUGUAUUCAGUGGGUGCCAUAUAAAGCUGAUCAAUGGUGGUGCUUCCUGCCUGCUUCUGUGAGAUGGGCAAAAGAUUCAGCUUAGAACACCAUGACUCACCUUGCCUUGGUCAGCCUGUCCUGGGCCUGCAGGGCCUUGCACAUAUUUUUCCCAGGAGGUGAAUUUCCCCUCCACCUCACAGACCUGGAUCAAAGAAGUAUGGGGCCCCAGCUGUGUGGUGGGCACUCUGAUCCCCAGAUGUCGCUGAGGCUGGAGGCCUCUGAUCUGCGAUCAUAUCAGACAGUAAAGGAAAGGAUGUGGGGGAGAGGGGUUGGAGGGUUCCUCCUUCAUAACAGUUUCUAAGAAAACUUGUUCCCACCUGUUCCUCUGUCUUUGACUCAUUUUUGGGGGAAAUGGGAUGAAAAGUAGAUACGGUAAUGACAUUACCAGGUAAGGUGUAAUGCAAUAUCAACAAAUUACUUCCAACUGAGAGAGGAACAGUGUUGAGGGCAUCAUUACAGUGGCACAACGUGGACACAUAGACUCAUCACCCUGGACACAGGUGGACGUGUGGAGCACCUGUGCCUUCAAACAGAUAUUGCCAUGGUGGCAGAGAGGUCCUUCACUGCUAGGUGCUGAGCACUGAGCUAGAAGCUAGGGCUCCGGCACGUUAUACGUGCUCAGAGUUAGUGGGAAGGACAGACCAAUUUGGGAGUUACGAUGGAACGCCACACAGGGUCUACGAUCACAAGCAGAAGAGUAUCUAAUUCAGACUCGAUUGGGAACAGAGGUCAGAGAAAGAUUUCGUAAAGGAGUUGAAGGAGAGAAGGGUCUUCAAGGAUGCACUGGGACUUUGAACAAAGCCGUUUGGACAGCUGCACCAUUUUGAUAAGUUAUCUUUAUUACCAAGAAAUAAUAAUGAUUACCAUGUAUUCAGUGCUGAUUAUGUGGGAGACAGUGGGCACGAAGACAUCUCUACCCUGAACCUUAACUCAUUACCAAGUCAUAUCAAGACACUUGAACCAAAAUGGCACUUAAAGUAUUUUGCUUCAUGGUAGGGACUGACAGACUGUGUGUCAAUGCUGCAGAGGGUGGCAGGGUCUAGAUCAGGGGUUGGCAAACUGUGCUCUGUGGGCAAAUCUGGCCUGCAACCUGUUUUUGUAUGGCCUACAAACUAAGAAUGGUUUUAUAUUUUUUAAAGGGUUGUGAAAAUAAAACAAAGAAACAAUGAGUAUGAGAUAGAGACCAUAUGUGCCCCCACAAAACUAAAAUAUUUAUCUGGUCCUUUAGACAAAAAUUUGCUGACCCCAGUAAGAUCAUGCAAGAC